AUGGAGAAAAGUAAAACAAAAGUGCCAAGUCGUAAGACGCCGACGAGGAAAGCAAAGAGUGAAGGCGGUCUCCAAGUAAUUUGGACGGCUGGAUGUGGUGGCUGUGCUGACACAAGCACAUCCACCACAUCCAAAAAACGUGUGUCGGCAGAGUCACCGCCUCCAACACCACAGCCUUCACUACCACCGCCUCUACCACCAACGCCUCCACCACCAACGCCUCCACCACCAACGCCGCCGCCAUCACCGCCACCAAUAGUUUUAGCGGAAAUACCGCGAUAUUUGAGAAGCGGCCAGCGUAUGCCGGCGCCAUACAUGGAAUACGCGCAGAUGCACAGUUUUGGAUAUCGUGCACCGCGACCACGACUACCGCCACCGCCAGUAACGCAUAAGGUAACACGAUAA